AUGAAGCUUUUCUAUGCUGUCAUAGCUGCCAUGGCGCUGUGUUCAGACCUGGCCGCUGGCUUCUGCUACCUGCCAGGUUGCGGUUGUGGGGGCGAAAAGUGGGCGAAGCAGUGCUUCCAGGGCUGGACAGUACAUUGUGUUCAGGGUACAGAUCGUAUGGACAGAAGCUGGAAGUAUAAGAAGAUCCAGUACUGCGGGAACUCGCCGAGCGGUCUGCAUUGCCAAGCUGGGAACUGCAAAUACGGCUGA